GCUCAGGGUCACGGGGUCUCUUUCAGUUUCCUUUUUAAUUCGGCCAUGAAUUCCACUUUCUUUCUCCGUCUCUCAUGAAAUCUCAUUUUUCCUGUAAUCUUGUGUUGCUUUUGGCGCUCUCUCUCCCACUCACUCUCACCCAAAUGGCGCUUCUUCAAUCAUCGCUGUUCCCAUUUGCUCUGUUGGAAAAAUCGACGGGAGAUUUUUAGCCAUCUUCAAUUUUCCGCCCUUCGAUUCGAUCCGCAACAAAUUUCGCUAGUUUUUGUGAUUUUGGGGCCGAAUACUUUACCGUGAAGCCAAGGCGCUCUUUGUAAGAUAUCGAUCGUCGUCUUCAGUAAAUGGGCUGUAUUCAGUCAAAAGGAAGCAGACAAUAUCCAGGAUAUGAGGAUCCUAUAUAUCUCGCUUCACAAACAGCAUUUAGUGUAAGUGAAGUUGAAGCAUUGUUUGAGCUGUACAAGAGCAUCAGCAGUUCUGUCAUAGACGAUGGUUUAAUAAACAAGGAAGAAUUUCAGCUGGCUAUUUUCAAGAACAGAAAGAAGGAAAAUCUUUUCGCAAAUCGGCUCUUCGAUCUGUUUGAUGUUCAGCAAAAGGGAUUCAUUGAUUUUGGUGACUUCGUAAGAUCGUUGAAUGUCUUUCAUCCAAAUGCUCCGCAGGAAGCCAAGAUUGAAUUUUCGUUUAAGCUUUAUGAUUUGGAUAACACUGGAUUCAUUGAGCGCCAAGAGGUGAAGCAAAUGCUAAUCGCCCUUCUCUGUGAAUCUGAGAUGAAGUUGGCUGAUGAGACAAUUGAGAUAAUACUCGAUAAGACUUUCAUGGAGGCUGAUGUGAACCAAGAUGGGAAGAUAGACAAGAUUGAAUGGCAAAAUUUCGUUUCCAAGAAUCCAUCAUUGUUGAAAGUCAUGACCCUUCCAUACCUGAGGGACAUAACAACCACUUUUCCAAGUUUUGUGUUUAAUUCUGAGGUGGAUGAGAUUGCCACAUAAGAUUGCCACAUAAGAAGCUAUGGUUGUGUUUUCUUGGAAGCUGGGUGUUCGGAUGGAAGGAAAGAACAGGAAAACAAGAAAGAAAAUUUGAGUUUUGAUGAUUCAAGCCAAUUUUAUAUGGUGUUCUUUUCUUCCCUUCCCUUCCCUUCCCCACACAAAGAAAGAAAAAUGUUGAAGUGUAGAGUUUGAGAAAUACUAUUGAAUUUGUAAAUACUCAUUGAAAAUUUUUGUGGGUUGUUAUUAUUAUUAUAAAGAAGAAAUAAAAAAAGAAGGUACAAAAAGGAGAGCCAUAUAAGUCUCAUUUUGAC